AUUGUGUCCUUUAGACGAGUGUGUUCCUGCAGAAUGCAGAAAAUCUUCAGCUGUUCAACAACCCAGGAAUUUCAGCCAGUGUCCUGGAGUACUACACAACAGAGUUAUACAUCCAGAAUCCUGACUUCAGCCCACUCGGGUAACACUCCACACUAACAACUACUUAUUCUAUUUAUUCAUCCAGCCUCAUCAAUUCAACCCCCUUAGGUAACGGACUACAUACAAGGAUAAAUAUCUUUGUACGCAUUUUUAAAAGGUUGUUUGUGAUCUUAUAGAUUGCCAGCUGAGCUGCUGUGUCGAACUCCUUCCUCCACGUUUGUUCAUCUUGGAGAUGCAGACAUCAAGACCAUCCUGACGAGCAUCAACAACUUCUGCACAGAAAUGAAUCCAGAGGUGAUCAAUCAAUGAGACCCUGUCAGUCAGUUAUUCUGUCAAAGUGCAAGCUAACUAUAAUCCUCUUCUCCUCUCAGGUCACAGCGGUGCUGGUAGCAAAGUUCCCCAGUGUAUCUGCAUCCACCAUCCAAUCUUUGGGCAGCCAGUGUGUGGGCCUGACUGUGGGCCAGAUAAGCUCCACCCCCUCCAGUGUGAUAAACAGUGCUCUGUCUACACUCAGUAACAUCAGUGGCUGGGACCAGGGCCAAGUGAAUGCCCUGAUCCAGAGCAUCAUUAGUGCAGGCUUUAAUAUCAGCAGUGCCUCCUCUCUGGAGUCCCUGGGAACACUCAUCGGCGGCGUUCCCUCUGCAACCAUCUCCAUCAUCCCAUCGUCUCAGCUUCUGUCUUUAUCGCAGAAUCCAACAUUCAUCAAUAACAUUCUGUCAGCACCAGUUAUUCUGCAAAAGACAUUUGUCCAGAAGGUAAUCUCUGUAGACCAAACUGAAGUGCUACAGAAUGUUCCGGAUGCACUCGUGAUGUAUAUUCCACUUGUUCUACUGACCUCACUGAGCUCUUUUGACGUUUCACUCAUCAAUAACAAGAACUGGAGUCAUGAACAGGCUAUGAUGUUGUUUGGUGCAGUGGCCAAUGCCAGUGAUAAUCCAGAAGAUCUGUCAGCAUCAAUACUGCAGGGAUUCUCCUGCAGCUCAGUUCAGACUCUCCCACAGCAGAAAGCCAAAGAUCUAGUGAAAGCCUGUAGACCUCGUGCAGGCAGAGACAAGGUCCUCCUGAAAGAGGCUCAGCUGACCUGCAUGUACAACUACGUGAAAGACGAUCCAUUUGUUAGCUUUACUGACGUCCCCUCUGAUAUGCUUCUGUACUACAGGUGUGUAACACGUUCACAUACACAAUGUACCGUAUAUAAAAGAUAAGGCACACUUCCCCUGCAUUCCCAAUUUUCAAAUAUCUGAGGUUAAGAAUAUGGGUCAUAUGCUAUCUGUAAUGUGUGUGUGUGUGUGUUGUAGCUAUGAGAAGAUACAGAAGGAGAACUGUCGGUCAUAUUUCUCUGCCCUGGGCAGAGCAGAUUUCGCCGUUCUUUCCCACGGCCUUGACAAAAAGACAAUCCUGUUCAAUGAUGCAAAGGACUGCCUGGUAAAACAUACACAAUAACAUGUUCAUAGACCAACACUCAAUAUUAGCACUUAAAUAUUACGGAAAACAAG